GAAAGAAAGAAAGAAAAAAGGGAAGAAAGAAAGAAAGGAAGAAAGACAUAACUUGAUGAGUGGUUCGUGAAUGCAGCACGUUCGUCUGUCCAAUCACCGAACAGAAAUUAGAGUGACGUGUUAGAUGUAAACAAACAGAAGCACGGCAGCCAUUACAGUGUUGGAGGGUGUUGAUUCCGGGAAAACAAGCCGUUAAAUUCAGGUGACCCUGAAGCGGCGUCACUUUUUGCUCUGUGAAGCGGGUAAUGAAAGAUCCAGGACUCAGAAGCAGUAUUUCAGGGUCGAACAUGGCGAUCAUCACCGAGCUUAUCCUCAGUGGUCAGUCUUCCUCUGACCAAGACCCUUUCGCUGAGUACUUGUGGAUGGAGAACGAGGAGGAGUUUAAUAGACAGGUGGAGGAGGAGCUGUGGGAAGAGGAGUUUAUCGAGCGCUGUUUUCAGGAGAUGUUGGAGGAGGAGGAACAAUGGGAGUGGUUUAUUCCCUCCAGGGACCUACCACUUCAGGGUGUCACUCAGCUUCAAGAUCAGAUCAGCCUGCUCGCUAUUGAUAACAUCUAUGAAGAAGAGGACUUCAACAUUGAUGUUGCAAUUAACAGCAGCCUGAACCCAAAUGCCAAGGAGUUCACCCCUGGGAACCAGAGGCAUGUCAUGUGACGCAAAGCUUUCGGCACUCCUCUGCAUUCUGCACUGAGACAUUUUUAAACAUGGUGUCUGCUGCAUUUCCAGCUACUUCUCCCCUUCUACAGCCUGACAUGUCAUCAUCAUAGUUACUGAGCACUUGUCUCUGUCUUUGCUCUGAUAU